AUGUAUCUAUUCCCCAGCACUCCGCCAUCAAUGACAGCCCUACAGUCCGCGCAGUUUUUGCUAGCAGCCAAGUAUGAUGUGGAUGGCGAUACGCGAGUAUUAGAAGAAUGGACGCUAGGCUGGUGGAUAUUUCUGAUGUUUGCUGUCUGCCUCUUCCUGUUCACAUCAAUCUGCAUGUGCGCCCUCGCCUUUUCCUUCCAUCGAGGCACACAGGUGGGCGUCUCCUACUGCUACGAGCUGACCGAGGAGAACAAGGACAAUUUGUUGCCCAUAAAAAAGGAGGUGCAAACAAAGAUGCUGUUCGAGAUGGCUGAUAUUAUCUGUCUAUCCGUACCACAUACACAGGCGCGUGGCAAUGAUUUUCGGGUCGAUCAGCAAUAUCAUGAUCCGGCGGGCACCGGCGAGGAGCGUGACCUUGAGGUUUUUGAGCAUUUUGAGGAGGAGAAUGAGUUACCGGGCCUAACCAGCAACAAUCCCAACCGAAAUCCCAACAAAGGAGGCUGGUCGCUUCGGGAUAUGUACACGGCCAAUGAGGAUCUGGGGGUGACCAGCAGCUACAAGCCCGAUUUAUCCCAAUUUACCAAUGUAUCGGUGCCAGAGGUGGAUCGAAAGGCUCGCGAGAAUGCCGAGCGCAUUGCCCGCGAGAUUGAGCAGAGCAAUGACAGCAGGCGCAACGCCAUGCUCGAAAAUGACGAUGAUGAGCGUGACCUCGACAAGUACACCGACGAUCAAGAGUUGGAUCUGGAGGGCGAAAAAUGGCACCGCCCACGCCGUUCCAACAACGAUAAGGCUGGGCGGGAUUCACAGAAAAAUUUCGCGACUCGGCGCAUCCAGCCGAACCCUCCGGUACGCGCCGAGCGUAACGACGCGCGUCCCGUACAAAAGCAGGCUUGGUCGGCCAACAAUGAUCAGAAUCGUGGGCUUAAGAAUGGCAAGGCUCCAGCCCCGCAGAACGCGCCACCGGUCCGUCAGAACAGCAAUGACGUCCGCACUCAGCAGGCUCGCCGCACCUCUGAACUUCGCGCCUUCCACAACGAUUUUCAUCUGGCGGAGGCGCCGGCAAAAAAAGAGGCAAAGCCGGUUUCCGCUCCCCGUGCCGUUGCCAGCGCCUGGAACAAGGGCCCACCCCAGAGCCUCGUAGCCAGCUCAUCUACUCCAGAACCACCAGCCGGACCAACAACAGAGCGCCGACAAGACGCCCCAGCUCCUGUUCAAGCCGUUCAAGCUAAGAAGUCAGAACCGGAAGAGCGGCAACCGGAACCAGCUGCACAACCCGCCCCGGUUGCAAAUAAGGCACAGCCCUCAAACCAGGAAAAACUGGAGGGAAAGGAAGCUACUGCUGAAACCAGCACCCCGGCCACUGAAUCGACCCCCGAGACAGAAGAUGAAGACAAGAAACAGCCAAAAGAAUUCAAGUUCAACCCGAAUGCCGCUGCUUUCGUGCCGACGAAAAAACCGGAUACCCCCGAGGGAUAUACACCCAGCCAUACACCACGUAUGAAUCAACAACCCAUGCAUCAUCAAGCUGGCCCUCCAAUUGCGUAUCAGCCGCAGCCUACUCAUGUGUCCAGUCCGGUGGUGCUACAGUACCCCAAUCAGGGCCAUAUGUAUCAGCCAAUGCCUUAUCAACAAUACCCUCAACCGCCGAUGCCACCUCGUACUCCAUCAUUUCCGGCACCCAUCUACCCCAAUCAGCAAUUCGCGGGCCCGGUGUUCCCGGCCAACAUGAACGUCUACUACCCCAACGGCUACCCGGUCAACCCGGCAGCCCCGCAGCAGCCGCCGCAACCAAAUUUUAUGCCCCAGCUGGCGAUGCCCGGCGGUCAGCCGAUGGUGUCAAUUGCAUACAUGCCACAGCAAUAUCAGGGUCAUAUGCAGGGAGCUGCGUACGCCAACAGCCCCGGGGCACAAAACCCGCAGCAGCGCUUCCAGGCCCCGCCUCGCCCGCGGACUGCCAACGGCGUUGACAAUUUCCAAGGCCCCGCCUCUAACGCCGGCCCGGCCAACCAACAACCCCCAAAUAUGGGCCCCCAUCAAGUACCAGUAUCCCAGCUGAUGUCCGGCUACGCCACAAAUGCGUACCCCACCCAACCCCCAGCCGCCGGCCAGUUCGUCAUCGCUCCAGCUCAAGCACCGAUGUUCUACGGCAAUCAGCAAAUGUACUACCAUCAGUCGGCCAUGAUGCAGCACCCGCCACAACAUCUACAGGGACAGCCAUCCAGGAAUGAUUCUCCGCAUGACCAGGGAGUCCAGCAACAUCCACCGUACGAACACUACAACCCAGCCCAAAUGGCGCACCUUCAACAUGCCCAGCAAUUCGUCGGUCCGAAUCAACAAGCCAUGCCUCCUCCACCACCCAACACAGCUCCUGUACCUCUAAUGGAUCUGACGAAUGAUUCCGGCAUAACCCGAAGCGCCUCGCCGACUCCACGUCCCGACCAGGCGGCUCAGAAUCAAAUGACCUCCUCUUCCUCGACCCCGGCCCUCAGCUACCAAAAUGGCCCCGCCGGGUUCGCCAACAACUCCCAGCUUCCGGCCGCCAGCCCCGCUGAAAAUCAC